AUGGGGUCGGCUCACUCAACCAGGCUUCUAGAUCAGAGGGAUCACAGGUUGCCUGCACCUGCCCACCAGUCUGGGGUCUGUCAGUACGGAGCUAAACUGGCCUGCUGCUACGGCUGGAGAAGGAGCAACAAGGGAAACUGUGAAGCUGCUUGUGAACGUGGAUGCAAGUUCGGUGAGUGUGUGGGACCAAACAAAUGUAGGUGUUUUCCAGGAUACACCGGGAAAACCUGCAGUCAAGAUGUGAAUGAGUGUGGAUUAAAGCCCCAGCCCUGCCCCCACAGAUGUGUGACCACAUACGGCAGCUACAAGUGCUUCUGCCUCAGCGACUGUGUGCUAAUGCCAGAUACCACGUGUGCCAACUCUGGGACGUGCGCCGUGAAGAACUGCCAGUAUGGCUGCGAAGACACAGAGCACGGGCCACGGUGUCUGUGUCCAGCCCCAGGUCUCUGUCUGGCCCCAAAUGGAAGAGUCUGUCUAGAUAUUGACGAAUGUGCCUCUGAUGAAGCCAUCUGCCCCUACAAUCGAAGGUGUGUGAACACAUUUGGAAGCUACUACUGCAUGUGUCAUGUUGGUUUCGAACUGCAAUACAUCAGCAGACGCUAUGACUGUCUAGAUAUAAAUGAAUGUGCUGGGAAGACUCAUACAUGCAACUUCCAUGCCAACUGCUUCAAUACUCAAGGCUCCUUCAAGUGUAAAUGCAAGCAGGGAUAUAAAGGCAGCAGACUUCAGUGUUCUCUUAUCCCUGAAAAUUCUGUGAAGGAAGUCUUCAGAGCACGUGGCACCACCAAAGACGGAAUCAAGAAGUUGCUUGCUCACAAGAACAGCAUGAAAAAGAAGGAAAAAAUUAAAAAUGCUAUCCCAGAACCCUCUGGAACUCCUACCCCUAAGGUUUACUUGCAGCCGUUCAACUAUGAGGAGAGUAUGUACAGGAGUGGGAACUCCAGUGGAGAGCAAAAAGGGAAUGAGGAGAGAAAGGAAGAAGGGCUUGAAGAAGAGAAAAGAGAAGAGAAAGCCCUGAAGAACCAUGUGAAGCAGGAGCAAAGACUUCGAGGAGAUGUGUUUUCCUCUAAGGUUAAUGAAGUGGGUGAAUUUGGUCUGGUGUUGGUCCAAAGAAAAGCUCUAACAUCCAAACUGGAACACAAAGAUUUAAAUAUCUCAGCUGACUGCAGCUUUGAUCAUGGGGUCUGUGACUGGCAACAGGAUAUAGAAGAUAAUUAAUAUCUUUAUUAAUAUUAAGAUAAUCCUGCUGAUCGAGAUAAUGCCGUUGGCUCUUAUAUGACAGUUCCAGCCUGGGUGGGACACAAGAAGGACAUUGGCAGAUUGAAACUUCUCCUCCCCCACCUGCAGCCUCAAAGCAACUUCCGUUUGCUCUUUGAUUACCGGCUGGCCGGAGACCGAGUGGGGAAGCUUCUAGUGUUUGUGGAAAACAGGCACCUUACCCUGGCAUGGGAGGAGGCUGGGCGUGAGGACGACAGGUGGAAGACGGGGAUUCAGCUCUCUCCAGGGACUGAUAUUACCAAAAGUAUCAUUUUUGAAGCAGAACGUGGCAAGGGGGAAACUGGUGAAAUAGCAGUGGAUGGUGUCUUGCUGGUUUCAGGCUUAUGCCCAGACAGCCUUUUCUCUGUGGCUGGUUGAAUGUGACUGUUGACCUUUAUAACUUUAUAUUUGGCUCUUUAUUUCGAGUCUCUAGUUUUGCUAUCACAUCAUAGAUUCUCCCAUCCCAUUUUAGAAAUAUAAUUCAAAAUGUACCAAGAAAAAUAUUAUUGUAAGGUGCCUUUCUUGUAGAACAUUUGCUAAUAUUUGCUUUAUAUAUAGUACCAUUGUGUUGUCUCAUUCAUUUUUGAAUUUAUAAAGUGUGGAAAUGCCAGUUCAGUCCCCCACCCCACCCCCAGUAUUUCUGAUUCAUCUACAUAAAUUGGUGACCUUCUAUACAUUUAUAGAAUUAACACCCCCACCCCCCAAAAAAAGAAAACCACAACGAAUUGUUUAACUGUUGGACUUUUAUAGCAUUUCUUGGAAACUAUGACAUCACGGAUAAAAUUUGCCCAAAUGGCUUAGCCUGAUCUUUCACAGCCAAGCUUGUGUAUUUAAAUGCUUUGUAAUAACAAUAACCAAAUAAUCACCUUGUGUCAUGGUCUAAAUCUGGACAAAUAAGAAAAUGUGUUGUUGACUCUGUGUUUAAUCAUGUGUACAAUUAUUUGUCUUCACUGGAAAAUGUGGUUUUUAUUCUUUUCUUUAUGGAAACAUUGUAUAUUCUUAAGAUAUUGUUUCCUAUUAUAGGAAAACGUGACUGAUUUAUUAGGCCUCACAACUGCAAUGCAAAUUAGCAUAAGUUGUUGAACUCAAGGCCUUCAGAGAGCUACCUAAAACUAAAUUAGCAGGUAGCAGGACUCAAAAAAAAAAGACUGAUUGCCUUCUUUUCUAUUUCUCUUUUCUUCCAAAAGAACAGCUUUGUGUGUAAAGACCCCUGAGUGGAUUCCCUGAGGACCAGCACUGAAUUGUUUUGAGAUUAUGGGUCAGAAACAGACGAGACUUCUCUCCAACAGAAAGUUCCCUAGAUAUGCCUACUACCGCCCAAGGAAAGUAAGGCUUGUGCACGGGGAGGAAGGAAAGAGAGAAGGUGGUCUGCUUGCUAGUCUUUAAAGUUGGUGGCCUCACUCUUGAAGUUCUUUUAUACUGAAGCCCAAAUUAAUCCUUCUUCAACAAUAUUCUCUUUAAUACAACCAACACAUACCACCUUUUAAACAGUUAGGAAAAAAACACAUUGUUUGCUUUUAGCUUGAGUGCAUUUUGGCAUACAAAGUCUAUAUAGGACUGUAUCUGUAUCUGCUCAGACAAGUGCUAGUAAUAGAAAUCAUAAAAGUAGUGUUGCUAGUGAGAUGAAGAACAGCCCAACUGAGGCAAAUCAGUCCACAGAAUCAUAAGAGAUAAUAAAUGGUUGUUCUAAGCCACCAAAGUUUGGGGCAGUUUGUUGAACACCAAAAGCUAACUGAUGCACUCCCUGACCUGGUGGAGUGGCACUUAGUGGUGGUGCCCAUCCCCUAUCCACGAGGGAGAGAGCAACCCCUUGUUUAUCCCAGCUUGGUUUUUGUAUCGUGCCCAUGUCUGGUUCGUGCCUUGGACACAAGGAGAAAUAAAAAACAGAAAAAACUAACUGAUACAACUCCCUUUCUCCUCAGUGACCAAGGAAAUUGGAGAGCAUAGUUAU